UCCUGUCGCGUUCGCCGAUUUUUUCUAAUUAUAUGAAUAAUUACAUUACAACUGUGGUGUUUAAAUAUUUUUUCAUUAUUAAUGUGUGAAAUUCUUGAUUAGUUCCAAAAUGCAACCCACUGCAAUGCUUCCGAAACUCUCGGAGACAACUCAAACAAUAUCAUUCUCGGAGGAUGAUGAAACAUGCAGUUCUGAGGUGUACGCUUCUAAUGUGGUUGUAACCACUAACCCCGGCAACCAUAACCAUGGUAGUUCUAAGAUGAAGCUGAAGACAAUGGUGGACUACCACUGGCAGCCAAAGUUCUAUCCUGGACAACUUUUGGCAAUACACAUUAGUGGAAACUUUUUGGCUUACAGUAUUAUAGCCCCAAUUGGUGCUAACUCUGGUACUUCUAAAACUCCCAAUGGGAUGGUGCGAGUGGUUUAUAAGCCUAAGCCUGGUGUGGAGCAACGGGCUCUCAUCAAGGGCAUGAAAGGAGAGGUGCAAGACCUCGCAUUUGCUCACAUUCAAAAUCAAGUGGUACUGGCCAGCAUAGAUGAGAUGGGAAACUUCUACAUACAUGAAAUUGAAGUCAACGAAAGUGGUUUCUCGGUGACCGCGACGGCGGAGGUGCGCGAGGACACGGGCGUGGGGGGGAACACCCACCGCGUAGUGUGGUGCCCCUACAUUCCUGACGAAGACGACGCCCCCGACGACGACGUUGCUCGACUUCUGCUCACAACACACGCCAACCAAGCGCGCAUGUGGAACGUCCGCGCGGUGGAGGCCGCGUGCGGCGGCGGCGGCUGGGUGUCGGCCGGCGCCGCGCUGCACACGGGCGCGGGGCGCGGCGCGGGCACGCACGGCGGCGCCGUCAUGGCGGCCGCCUUCUCGCCCGACGGCACCGCGCUCGCCACCGCCGCCGCCGACGGCUACGUCAUGUUCGCGCAGGUGUACAUGAACAACGAGAGCAGCCCGCGUUGCCUGCACAAGUGGCAGCCGCACGACGGCAAGCCGCUUAGCAGCUUGUUUUUCCUCGAUAACCACAAGAACUACCUGACCGAUUCCAGCGUGCAGUUCUGGAAGUUCGCGGUGACGGGCGCGGAGAACAACACCUCCAUCAAGAUCUGGUCGUGCAAGUCGUGGAGCUGCCUGCAGAGCGUGAGUUUCCAGGCCGCGCCGGGCGCCGCCUGCCUCGGCAUGAACGCCAUGCUGGACUCCAGCGCCAACUACCUGCUGCUGUCCGACUUCAGCGCCAGGAGCCUGUACGUACUGGGCAUGGCUCGAGACGGCGAGGACUCGAUGGCCUACUGCAAGAGUAUAUCGCAGUUCUUGCUGCGGUACCCCGUGCUGAGCUUCUGCAUUGUCGAUGCUGAAGAGCAACAGGGCAAGUGUGAGUCGAGCUGCAACGACCCCUUCCACAGGAACGGCUCUGGCGGAGAAGCGGACUCCCCCGAUGACUUUGACCUAAACAAUGAGGACGGCAACGGCUCGGCGGGCGGCGGCGGCGCUCGCGUGCGCGUGCGCCUGUACAUCGUGCACCCCACCAACCUGCAGGAGGCCGAGCUGGUGUACGAGCCGCCCGCGCCGGCCGACCGCGUCCUGCCGCUGCACGAUCUCGAAGAGCUCACGCUGGAGGACGGCGAGGCGGAGGCGCCCGGCGCGCUGCCGUCCAGCAUCAUACAGCAACAGACUCAGCAGCUCAAGAAUCUACUCAUGAGAUCGCAGACGCAACCAGGCAGUUUGAUGGGUCCUCGACCGGAGUCACCCUCGUCAUUACCACCGCCACUAAACCUGAUGACUCCAGAUGCUUUCAGUUCGCCGGGCAAGCGUGAAGACGACGACCCGCCUCUGUCUGCUACACCUGACAUCUCAAACAAGUCUAUACUGUCCGGAGGUUUAAAUGAAGAGGUACCCCUUGGUCCGGAGAACAAAGCAUCCGGCGGCUCCAGCCCGAGCCGCGAAGUUCAAGAGAUCAUGGGACACAACGACCAGCCCUUCUUCACAGACAUGGAAGUAGAAGACGCCACAAAACAGGACACCAGUCAAGAAACAGAGGCAGCGACAGAAACCGUCGCGCCCGUGACAGACAGUCUGGUGCCAACCGGACAAUUCUUCAGCGCUGAUUUGUUCAACUCACCGGAAAAACCGCCGCCACCCGCCAAACUCACACAUGCAAACAGCGACACAUCCUGGCCAGCAAUAUCGCUCGCGCAGAUAACAGAAGCGAACCAGCGCAAAGCGUCAAGCGAGAAGUCGAGCACGCAGUCGCUUAGUGCGCCGCUGAUACCGCUCGUCGUUCCAAGCGCUCCGCCAGUGAGCGAUGUCGUCGUAAGCGUGCCCGAGCGAUACGUCAUAGAUGAAGACACCAAGCUACGCUUGCAGUCGCUUGAAGAAAAACUGGAUAAUCUGACUGAGCUGAUGACCGCGCAGGCCCGCUCGCUGGCGACAGUGCGCAGCGAGAUGCAAGCACCGCGCUCGCUGCUGGACGAGUCGUUGCAGCGCACCGCGGACACCAUCGACACCGCUCUCAGCGCCGGGUGGGAGCGCAUCGCGCGCGUGGGCGAGGCUGCGAGCGCUGCGGCGGCGACGGCGGCCGGCAGCGGGGCGGCGCGCGCGCUCGAGCCGCUCGCGCAUGCGCUGCAGCACGAGCUGGCCGCCAAGCUGUCCGCCACCGACCGCCUGCUGCGCGACAACAUCGACAAGCUGGCCAGCAGCAAGACGAUAAUGGAGCGUCUUAGUACAGCCAUCGCGAAGUCUCUGUCGGAAAUGGUGCGGGAUUCAUUCAGAGAGGCUUUGUUCGAAAGCGUUGUGCCCGUUAUGGAAAAGGCGCACGCGCAGAUAUUCAGACAAAUCAACCACGCCUUCCAGAACGGGACCAAAGAAUUCGCGGCGAACACGGAGGCGGCGGCGCGCGCGGCGGCCGAGCGCGGCGGCGCGGCGGCCGCGGCGUCGCUGCGCAGCGCGCUGGAGCGCCACGCCGAUGCGCUUGCGCAGGCCGCGCCGCACAACCCGCAGGUGUUCGCCGCUCAGAUCAAGGACGUCGUGCACGGGGUGCUGGAGAAGGAGGUGUCGUGGUGGCGCGAGCAAACCCGCGCGGCAGUGCAGCAAUCACGCGCGCAGUCGCCCGCACACAACGCGCCCUCCGUGGCAGACAGACAGAUGCAGGUGAGCCAGAUCCAGUCGCUGAUGAUGAGCGGCGACGUGAACGGCGCCUUCCAGCUGGCGCUGUCGGCGUCGGACCUCACGCUGGUGGUGGCGGCGUGCCGCGCAGCCGAGCCGGGCCGCGUGUUCGGGCCGCCGUGCCGCCUCAAGCAACACGUGCUGCUGUCGCUGGUGCAACAGCUGGCCGCCGACAUGGCCAAGGACACGCACCUCAAGCACAGAUAUUUAGAAGAAGCGAUAAUGAACCUGGACACGAGCAAUCCGAUGACCCGCGAGCACCUGCCCGGAGUCGUUCGGGAGCUGCAGAAGCAGAUAGUGGCCUUCCUCGGCAACAACUCGGGCCACGCGCUCAGCCGCCAGUUCCGCAUGCUGUUGAUGGCCACCGAGGCGCUGGUGAAGAGCACCGCCUGACCGCGGCCAUUGCCGCCCUGCUGCCGGUGUGCGUGCGCGCACAUGGGCGCGUACGCCGACGCGCACGCGCACCUGUGAUACAGUGACAGUGACCCUUUGUGACUCGUGAUAUAAAGAGCUAAGACUGUGUAUAAUGUAAAGUGACAAGACUGUGUUUUAAUGUAAAGUGACUUUAUGCCUUAUUAACACUAUGUUUAGAAGCGAGUGCAAUGGUCCAGCGAUUACUGUAAAUCAAUGUAUGUUCAUCUUCUGUUCCUGGGCCUUUUCCGCACUUGGUUGGUCUG